CAUUUUUAAGUUGUCAUAAUAUAGAGGGAGAAAUCAGAGCCAUAGAUUUGUGAUCUUUUUUCUUCUGGGUUCGGCUGCUGUAUCUAGCAGCAUCUAACCCGCUUUCUUGCCUUUUUUUGUUUCUCUGAUAAGGAACCAGCAAGGAGCGUGGGUGUGUUUUGUGUGGGUGGAUUCCUGUGCGGUAGUUGAAGAGUUUAGGGAGGUUUUGGAGUGGAUUUAUGUCGGCUGGUUCUGAUUUGGCUUUGAUUGGGGCUCCGGUGAAGCUCUGCCUUUCUUCUUCUUCAGCUGUGUUUUCUCGGUUCUUCUGUGCUCUGGUUGCUUUUUGUUGGGCGAUUCUCUGCUUCUACAAGCAGGGGUUGAAUCUGGUGUUCCCGUCUGUUUCGAUGCGUUUGAGACCAAAAAGGACUUGUUCUGGAGCAGAGUGUUUUGGGGGUUUUCACAUAAAACAACAUUUCUUCUGCCUUUUAUUGUUUCUCAGAGGGGCUCAUACUUGAUAAAGUCUUUGAUAAUCUUGCGAUCCGCUUUCCUUUGAUAUUUUCUUUGCACUUCCUAAAACAAUUUUUCCUUGAGAGGGGAGUUUUGGUGAGUUUUAACCCCUUUUUUUCUGCGAGAAUGUCUUUGCCCCUGAAGCCAUCCCUGAAAAGGGUCGGGAAAAUCCGACCCAUUUUGAGUGAAGAACCCAAAAUGACCAGAAAAGUUCGUGUAAUUUUCCAAGAUCCUUAUGCUACUGAUUCAUCUUCGAGUGAGGAUGAGUGUGAGGGGAGACCAUGCUCUGAGAGGGUCCAAAUGCGGAAGCGUAUCUUUCGUGAAAUCAAUCUUCCUCUCCCUGGUUUUGCUCCAGUGAAAUCUCUGCAAUCUGAGAGUUCCUCCCACGACAGCAACUCCAAGCCUGGCACACACCGGAAGAGGGUUUUGGCUAAAACCCCUGAUGGCACAGCCCAACAGGCCAAUGUGAAGAAACCUGCUGGUAUUCGUCAGAGGAAAUGGGGCAAAUGGGCUGCUGAGAUCAGGCACCCAAUAACCAAAAAGAGGACUUGGUUGGGUACCUUUAAUACUCUGGAAGAAGCUACCCAGGCUUACAAUGCUACGAAGCUCAAAUAUAAGAAGCUGGAAUAUGAUCUGGCCAUGGCUGCUGUCCCUGGUAAAACAAGCAACAUGUCAUCUUCAGCUGCUGCUUCUCAGAACAACGCUGCUUCCUCUGCUGUCGAGGAGUCCGAGAGUGCGGUCUCCCUCACCUCUCCAUCAUCAAUUCUAGAUCACAACUCCUCCUCAUCAGCCCUUGAAUUGGAUACCUUGGUAUCCACUCUUGUUGUUUCCAACAACAAUGAUGACACUGAUCUGAUCAUAGAAGGUUUUGAUGCCAACUUUGAGGAUCUCCCCAUUCCUGAUUUCGGCGAUGAGACGUUGGUGUCUGGUUCCAUUGAGGACCUCAACUUUGGUGCAGAGUUUGAUGAUUUGUUGUUUGUCAAUGACUCUGGGAGGGUUUUGGAUGAUUACUGCGGCAUUGAAGAGCUGAAUAUAUCAGGAAUACAGGGCGAUGACCCAAGUGAGCUACCUGAUUAUGACUUCAGCACUGACGACUUCCUCCUUGCUGAUGACCCCCACAACAUUGCUUCCCCAUAAGUUUUGCAGCUAGUUUUUAGUCAAAUAAUUUCCAUAUUGUUAGUUAUCUGUAGUUAAUAUUAUGAAUAGCAAGAACAGAUAUCAGGGAUCAUAACUUUGAGUUCCUGGGAGAGUAGUUUCCCUAUUUCCAAGUUGGGAGUUUAAUUUAUUUGUUCGUUAAGAGAAGAAGAGAUGCAUUAGGAGGAUGAGCAUUGUCAUGGGGGGGACAAUAGUCUCCUUUGGGUUUUUCUGUGCCGUUAGAGCCGUCCAAGGGAUUCUGUUCUUGUUUCACAGGACUUCUGGAUCUGUUGCUGAGUGUUGUCUCCCUGAUACAGAGAUUUUGGAUUCACUUUUUGCUAAAUUCUGGCAUCUCUAGUUUUGUUUAAGGAUAUUAUAUGAAAUGCAGAAAAAACUUGUUUCAUUCAUCCCUCAAAACAAUCAUACCCUGAUGUUUUCGAAUCCAUUCUGGUCUGUUUGGUUCAUGCAUUUUCAAAGCAAUACUGUUGUAGCUUGGGUCUGAAAUUUAGAAAUACAUGAUAUGCUUUGAU